AUGUAUGGAAGAAAUAUUGGUCAAAGAUAUUUCUUCUCUAGUGGUGUGUUCUCUGACUCUGACGGGAUAUUCUAUGCAGUAGCAAUACUUUACAAUAUAUGGAGAGCAAGGAACAGGGCCGUAUGGGAAGCAACAUUACCACGGCCGGAAGUGGUCCUCAAAAUAGCCGCUGCUACCAAGCUGGCUUGGACUCGGGCGCACCCACAGCAGCCCACGGCACCGCCCACCACGCUCCUAGCCAUGCCAAAUCCGUUGCAAGGGAACGCCAACCUCCAUGCGCCAGAUUCCUUCGCUGCCGAGCCACCUGGACCGCCAAGGCGCAUAUGCCGUGUGGACGGGGGGUAUUUGCAGGAGACAGGACAAGCUGCUUUGGGGGUACUCUUACUAGACACGGACGGGGGAUAUGUUUCGGCAUUCAGUGGACCACUACAAGGAUGCUCCUCACCACUUAUGGUAGAGGUGCUCGCAUGUAAAGAGGCUCUAUCAUGGUUGAAGGAUCGGGGUGAGCAGAGUGUUGAGGUUUAUACGGACUGCCUGACACUACAUCACUAUCUUACUACACCAACUAUUGUGCUGCGCACAUAUCUAGGCUAUGCCAUUGACACUUGCAGGCUUAUUGCAUCUUCGUUUCAGUCUUGUUCGUUUCAUUUUAUUCCUAGAGUAGAGAACCAUUUAGCUCAUGCUUUAGCUACUACAGCUUAUCAGCAAACUGCAAUUAUGUAUUGGGAUCUGCUCCCACCGGAUGUUAUUUCGGCCUACUUUUAA